AUGAGCACCGACAGCCAACCCCCACCCCGUCCCAGAAAACACAGGCAGAGUAAAGCUUGCGCUCGUUGUCGGAGGCGCAAGAUUCGUUGUGACUUCCAGUACCCGACCUGUGGUGCCUGCGCAACAGCGAGGGUAGCAUGCCUAGGAUUCGACUACGUCCACGGAGUUGAUACGCCUCGAAGCACAAUUUCACACCUCGAGCAAGAGGUCGCUCGCCUGGAGACCGAGCUACAACAGAUCAGCGCCCGGACGACUACUGAGCUAGACGUGGCAAGCGCGGCCGCAGAGCGAUUAUCUUCGUCCCUGGCAGCGACCAUUCUCGCACAGCCGCGCAAGUCUCGUAAUCAUGAUAACUUCCUUGCUAUAACGUCGCCAUUCUUCCUCUUUGGCUCCCCUGAGCCCUAUCUGGGUACACCGGUGCCUCGCCGUGACGCCCAGAAACCAUUUGAGGGAAAUUUGUCCUCGACCAACAAGCUUUCGUCAAUCCCGCGUCAUGCCGUGGACAUUAUGAUGAAGAACUAUUGUGAAAUUUAUCGGCCGCUCUACCCAGCAAUUGAAGAAGCAGAAUUGUUCGAGGCGUGCGAGAGGGUCUACAGUAAUACCAAUCCCUCUGUCCUCGAUAUCUUCUGUGUUUACAUCACGUUAGCUAUUAGUAUGCAAACGCUGAUGUAUCGCGAUGAACGACGGGCAACUGCGGCCUCAUAUGGCUUCUGGGCCACGGCCGUAGAUGUGCUCGGGCAAGCCGGCCCUAUAGAUUCUUGGGGAAGGCUGCAGGCCCUGCAACUUCUUAGCCAUUACGCCUUCAUGAACCCCAAACACGUCGACUGCAGCAAAUGUGCCGCAGCAGGCACAAGACUGUGCUCACAGCUUGGACUGGAGCACGACGUCCCUUCAGCACAUGGCGAGCUGGAUUCCAGGACACUGUCUACCCGAAGGAGACUGUUCUGGAACUCUGCGGUCAAUACAGUUCGAUGCUGGCCAUUUCUAUGGUCAAGAUCCCCUUCGACGGCAGAGUUCUCAGAAACCGAUCCGUGGUCAGUGGCCAGUCGUCAGAUCUGCCUCUUGAGAGAACUUGAAGCCGAAAUUACAAUGGCAAUGUACUAUCCAACCCUUCCUUCUGGGGACAUGUCCAGGAAUGUUCCGUUCAGUCAAUGGUUUAGCCGUAUCCAUGAACGCAUGAGUGAAUGGUAUCAGACGACCCGUCAAAAUGUCAAUCUCAGCGAAAAGCUCGAGUUCCACGAGCUCUUAUAUCAAUGUCAAAUCCUGAGGCUUAAUCGGGCAACCCCCCGAUUCCCAAGCCCUACGAAAGAAAUGCGCAAGAAGACCUUGCAGGCCUCGAUCGCCGUGCUCAAGGAACUCAGCACAAUACAGAGGGCAGGAAAGCUCUUCAAUAUCUGGCAUGCCUCUUACUUUGCCUUGGAAGCAGCCGUUUGCAUCCUUGCAAUAGUCUUAACUGCAUUUCACUCUCAAUGUAGUGACCACACUAGCUUGGAGGGAGUGGACAUCAUCACCCUAUGCAGAUACAUCCAGAAUGUGCCUUCCCUGCUCCGAAAGAUAUCGCGGCGGUGGCCAAACGUGGCUCGACAUGCCUCGACGCUUGACGCUCUGUCUCACACUGUCAUGGAGAAAAUGCAACAAUGGCUCAAUGGCGAAGAGACCGAGAAGCAGGACCUUUGCACACUUGAGGCGCAGCUCAAUCACCUUUCACUUUUUCCCCCACUGCCUCCAAAAGGGGAAGACUCCGCCAUCAGAGACGAACCGACCCUUGUCCCCGAGCCCUUCCAAGCAAUGGCACAACCACCCCUCGCAGAUGAGCUCCACCUAUCUCUUGGCUCCGUCGAGCUCCAACUCCCCGAACUGGGCCCAGCUCCUAGCAGCAAUUGGGCAGACCCUCAAACCAUUUUGGAAUGGUCGCCCUCGAUUGCGCAGGAUCCUUAUGCUUUUGACGGCGGUAGUGGCCUUGUGUGGGACUUUGAAGAAGACAUACUGUCUGCUUUUGAUUUUACCAGCCAACAAGUUCCAGGCUACGGUGAGCUAUCUGUGCCUUCAGAGGACUGA